ACAGGAUUACAAAGCCAUUAACAUUUGCUGACUGUGUUGGCGAUGAGCUUCCUUUAGGAUGGGAAACUGUUUACGAUCAACAGAUCGGAGUUUAUUAUAUGGACCAUAUAAAUCCUUUGUACUAUUGCUGCUGUUUCUGCAGUGCUGCCAUCAUUAAGCUUCUUAUCACUGAAUGAAUGCUUUCAGUAUUGUGGGAACUGGCAGCUAGCAUGUGGACAGAAGAGGAGGAGGUAGCAAUACAAGCAGUUAAAGCAAUGGUCCUCACUACAAAAAUGACUUCAACACUGUUUGCUAAGCUUACACAAAUUGAGGACCCAAGAGAGCAGUGGAGAAGGGAGCAGGAACGCAUGCUAAAGGAAUAUUUAAUUGUUGCCCAGGAGGCACUUAAUGCCAAGAAAGAAAUUUACCAAAUUAAACAGCAGCGUUUUGAGCUGGCUCAAGAAGAGUAUCAGCAUCUGCAUAAAAUGUGUGAGGAUGACAACCGUUCCUAUGCCAGCUCAUUUUCUGGAUUUUCAACUAAUACCAAGUAUGAUCCAUAUCAGAUUAAAGCAGAAAUAGCAAGCCGUCGUGACAGACUUUCUAGGUUAAAACGAGAGUUGGCACAGAUGAAACAGGAAUUGCAGUAUAAAGAGAGAGGAGUGGAAACAUUGCAAGAAAUUGAUCGGAAGAUGUCAAGUGCUCAUACAAACUAUAAACUGGAUGAAGCUCAAGCUAUAAUGAAUGAACUCCGAAGCAUAAAGAAAGCUAUAUGUAUGGGUGAAAAAGAAAGGCAGGACCUCAUGCAGAGCUUGGCUAAACUAACAGAUGGAUUCCGAAAUAGCUGUUGUAUUACGGACUCUCUGCAGGACCUCCAGCAGAAUUCUAGUUCGCUCAGUGACUCCUGUUUACCUCAACAACACUAUGAUGCUUGUUCUCAAACUGACAUUACUGGAGAGUUUGGUUUUGAUGAUAAAACAAGGCUUGUGGACAAAGUAAGACUGAACUGGCAAUAUGAAGAAGCCAAAAAGAGGGUUUCCAAUAUACAGCAGCAGCUGGCAUUGCUAGAUAAUGAAUCUUGGCCAGGAAUGGCUGAGGCGGACAGGGACCGUCUUCAGCUCAUAAAAGAGAAAGAGGCUCUUCUUCAGGAAUUACAGCUUAUCAGUCAGCAGAGGCGAUCUCCAGAAGAUUUAGCACGUUUGGAGGAAGAAAAACGGCGCUUGGAGGAUGAAAUUCAGUGUGCUCGGGCUACUUCUGCUCACGGAGCCACUGAAAGAAUACUGUUACAGGAAAAGAGGAACUGUUUGAUUAUGCAGCUGGAAGAGGCAACUCGUUUAACUUCCUACUUACACUCCCAGUUAAAAAGUUUGUCUGCUAGCACCCUCACAAUGUCCUCCGGCAGCAGUAGGGGAUCACUGGCUUCUAGCCGAGGAUCGCUGGCAUCCAGCAGGGGUUCUCUCAGCUCAGUCAGCUUUACAGAUAUCUAUGGCCUUCCACAGUAUGACAAAUCAGAUAAUGUCACAGACUUUGGACAGCAUCUGCGCUUUGACAUCAUUCCAUUUGAAUCUCUCUCUAAAGAUGUGCAGUACUCUGAUUCUGUUGGACAUUCUAACUUCAAUAAGCAAAGGAGGUCCUUGGAUACACCUCAGUCUCUGGCAUCCCUAUCCUCACGGUCCUCCUUGUCAUCACUGUCUCCUCCAAGCUCUCCACUAGAUACCCCCUUUCUUUCUGCUUCUCGGGAUUCUCCACUGGCUCAGAUGUCUGGAGGGUUUGAGGAAAUGGCUGGCAUAGGAGCCCUAGAAAUGCUUAGAGCUCAAGCCUCGACAUUGAGUGAUGAUGAUACACAAGGAACAGCUUCAUCUCAGACUCCAAGUUACCCUAUGGACAGUGAAGGAAUGCGAGAAAUGGGGCUACAAUUUGCAAAUGUCCAGACUGGUGGAGCUGUAACUCUGCGUGAAGACAGUGCUAGAAGGUCGGAGAGGAGAGCCAGGCGAGUUUCAGCAUGUCUAUCCGAUUAUUCACUGGCUAGUGACAGUGGCGUGUUUGAAGCUUUAAGCAAAAGGAAUGAGGAUGUUGAAGAACCUGUUUAUAGUGAUGCUACCAGUAGUGAAGAGCCACAAAUACAUGUUGGAUUUCUGCAUGAUAGUGAAAGUGAGUGUCUUCUAGUCCAUGUGUUACAGCUGAAGAAUUUUACUGGUCUUGUUGUGAAAGAACGCUGCAAAAUUCAUGUUAGAGUUUACUUGCCACCGCUGGAGUCAGGCACACCAACUACGUACUGCUCCAGAGUUUUAGAAUUCCAGUCUCCGUUAAUUUUUAAUGAAGUUUUCCGAAUCCCUGUGCCCUCAAGCGUGUUGAAAUUAAAAUCGCUGCAAUUGUAUAUCUGUUCAGUUGACCAUCAGCAACAAGAAGAAUUGUUGGGCAUUGCUCAAAUCAGCCUGGCUGAUUAUGAGAGUUCCAGGGAGAUGCAGCUUCACUGGUACUCUGUCCAGAUAUUCACUGGUUCAGACCCACAAGGGGCAAAGGACAAAAGCCAGUGUGAAGAAAAUACUCCGCAGUGUUCUGGAAAUACAGCUACAGUGAAAACGGAUGCAGUGACGGCCCUUUUAGCAAGGACCACAGCCCAGCUGGAAGCAGUGGAGAGAGAAUUGGCAGAGGAGCGUGUGAAAUUGGAGUACACAGAGGAAGAAAUCCUAGAGAUGGAAAGAAAGGAAGAUCAGGCAGAAGCUAUAUCAGAGAGGAGUUGGCAAGCAGAAUCUGUUGACAGUGGAUGUAGUAAUUGCACGCAGACCAGUCCUCCCUAUCCAGAGGCAUGUUGUGGUGACUCACUGCAUGGACAUACAUUUCCAGCUCAAGCAGGCCAGUACAAUUCUGGAAAAGUGCAGCCCCCACCUAUAAAGGUGGAUAAAGAGACAAAUACAGAAGAUCUUUUUCCAGAAGAAGUUGCUGUUCUUCCAAAAGAGAGAAGCAGCCGUAGACCCCGUGGUUCUGCUUUUGUUCGUAGUAGCACUAUUGUUCGUUCACAAACCUUUUCGCCUGGAGCACGAAGUCAGUAUGUGUGCAGACUGUAUCGCAGUGACAGCGAUAGUUCAACCCUGCCAAGAAAAUCACCUUUCAUCCGAAAUACAUUGGAAAGGCGUACCUUGCGCUAUAAGCAGCAAUCCUGUAGAUCUUCUUUGGCUGAGCUUAUGGCAAGGACAUCCUUAGACCUGGAGCUGGAUCUCCAGGCAUCCAGAACUAGACAAAGACAGCUGAAUGAGGAGAUAUGUACUUUGAGAGAGUUGAGGCAACGUCUGGAAGAUGCCCAACUCAGAGGGCAGACGGAUCUACCCCACUGGGUACUUCGGGAUGAGCGAUUCCGAAACUUGCUGAGGGAAGCAGAGAGGCAGACAAGACAGACCAAAUUUGAACAUCAUCAAGAACAAGCAGCUGAAAAAAUGCUGAAGAAAGCAUCCAAAGAAAUAUACCAGCUACGUGGACAAAAUCAGAAGGAGCCUAUUCAGGUGCAGACUUUUAGAGAGAAGAUAGCUUUUUUUACAAGACCAAGGAUAAACAUACCUCCUCUGCCAGCUGAUGAUGUAUGACAUGUUGCAUUGUAAACAUGAAGUAUUUAUCUCUUUUAUUUUAAUGAAGUUAUUAGACUAGCUGUUUCUUUAAAACAAAGUUUGUGCAAAAGCUAAUAUACACAUUUUGUAAAAAAUAAAUAAGUAAAAGUAAACAAAAACAUAUAUAUAAAUAUAUAUAUACAUAUAUAUAUUUUAUAAUAGUGACUGCAACAAGGCUUGGUUUUUCCUUGUUGUGAAAUUGACAUCUCUGAAGACAACUUAUUUUAUAAAAGAUCAACUAUCCUGUUUAAGAGCGUGUACAGUUUUUAUGCUGUUUUAUUUGACUUAAAGGCUGGAAGACAGAAACAAAGUGAGUUCAGGCAAAUUCACUGUAGUGUAAUUUAUUUAUAGUGUCUUUUUUCCUUGAAGGAAAAUACCUACUUUAAGAUGUAUUUUAAGGCUGAAAUUUUUGUUCUUCAGUAUUUGUCAUACAGUAGAAUGGAACCAUUGAGCUGGUUUUGUUUCUGAUACCUGAAAUGAAAAUACUAUGUUCUAAAUUUGUCACUUUUAUCAGCUUUACUCUCUGUAUCUUAUUAUGUACAUUAUAUCCUUUAGCACUGUCUGUGUUAUAGCAAAAUAUUAUCUCCUGCAGUGUUUUUAAUACUGAUUAAAAUGCCAGUAAACAUUGCAGAAUUCAUCUGCAUGUUCUUACUGUGCGCUAAUCGAUUGUUUUCAUUUCAGUUGUGUCUAUGUAUCUUUAUAUUCUUGAUUCUCAAUUUAAACGGGGGAAGAAGAAGGGUGGCAGGUCUUUGUUUUUGCUGUUUUUAUAAACAGGGAGCUAAAGGGGGAUUGUAAGUUUGUCAUAUUAAUAUAAUCAUUAAACAAAUAUAGCAUUUGAACGGUUUUAAAGAUUAUGGCCUGGUGCAGGAAAGCAUUUGAGCCCCAAUUCUGUAAAGCACCUCUCUUCAAGAAGGCUGUCAAAGCACAUGAAUGAGUGCUUUCUUGAAUAGAAAUGCUUCUUAGGAACCAUCUGGCCCUAGAAUAAAGAGCUCACUUGAUUGUCAGUUGGGCCUGCUAGGACUUGGUAAGGAGUAGUUUUACUUGUUACCAAUUGCUUUAAUAUAGGACUGUCACCCUAAAUUCCCGAGAAUGCCAGUUUUGUGUCCUUGCAUCUUGCAAGUAUGUAAAAAUACUUCUUACUAAGCUACUAUAUGCAAUUUCUAAUAUUUUUUUCUAAUUAUAUUUUAACAACCGAAAAGGGUGCAUUGUUCAAGGCUUAUUCAGCUAAAUUCCUGGAACAACCAGAUCAAAAAUAUAGCUUUCUCUUUGUUAAUGGGAGGGCAUCAGGUCAAAUUUGGCCCUGGAUUUGGGUUUCAUAAAAAAAACAAAUAAAUAUGCUAAACUGAUGACCAAUAGAAUAUUGUUAUUAUUUUGUUAUACACAAGUCGACAUUCCCUUAAUGUCUGGAAUGCAUUCAUUGUAGCAUUCUGUAAUAGCAGAGAACCUGAAAGUCAAACCAAGUCUCUUUUCAUUGUCCAAAAUGAGGCAAAAAGAAAGUGGAACUUAAGUUGAUAAAUAUUUUAAAUUAAAAAUGCUAAAUAAGUAAGCAAGUACUACUUGAUUCCAGGGGUGGAAAGUAUAAAAUUAAUUCUGUCCCCUUUUGCCUGGCAUUGUCCAUGAGGUUUGAACCAUCCAAUCAUAUGACUUGCCAAAAAAAGUAUGCAAAACUGAGGAAUAUUUGGCUUUGUCACAGUAAGAACCCUCACGUGUCUCUUCUUGGCAGUGGAUUUAGAUAGAUGUGGACUAGGUUCUUGUAUCUAGAUAAGAGAGAUAUGAAAAUGCACAGUACAUCAACCAAAAACAAAUAAAUAAAGACAAUUGAAAGACAUGUCAGUGUUGGGAUAAAAGUCUAAGGACAGCACCUUUUUCAUUGCUCAUUACUUGAAGAGCUCAGUACGUUAGAGGGAAGUCAUGCAUGUUGUUUACAGUGGUUGCCAUUAAAUUGGCACUAUUUACCAACAGUUGCUAUGCAGUGGUAUCUGAGAUAUCACAAACUUAUUGUAAACUUAGAAUAGGAAAUAAAAGUGAAGUAUCUGAUGGUGUAUCUUGCUCAUUUUACAUGGUGACCACUGUACAGCAUCUGUAUAUUUUGCCAGUCUAAGAUUCUGACUGUUGUAAUAAGUCCUAUUUUGAUGUGGUAAUGAGUUAUCAUAUUCAGUAUUCAUCUCUCUUGUUUUUGUCAUGACUCUGUAUGAUUAUGUCAUUUGUAUUAUUUGAAAAGUAUUUCUUCUACAAAAUAAAAUAAUUUGCCAA